CGCAAGCGCAGAUGGGUUUAUUUGGUAUACAGGCAGCCGGAAGCUAUACUGUGAAAUAAACGGAACGGGAUAGUACUUGGUGUGAUGGAGGGGUGAUGUGUGAAUCAGAGGAGUGAUUAGGCCAAAGCAGCAAUGACCGAGUGCUUCCUGCCCCCCAGUAGCAGCCCCGCAGAGCAGCGCAGGGCCGAGCACCCCGGGGGCGUCGCCCGCACCCCGAGCUCUGAAGAAAUCAGCCCCACCAAAUUCCCCGGGCUGUACCGCACCGGGGAACCAUCGCCGCCUCACGAUGGACAUCACCACGAGCCUCCCGACGCCUACGUCUCCGACGAUGACAAAGAGCACAGCAAGAAGAAGAACAAGUUCAAGAAGAAGGAGAAAAGGACGGAAGGAUACGCCGCCUUCCAGGAGGACAGCUCGGCGGACGAAGCAGAGAGCCCGUCCAAAAUGAAGCGCUCCAAGGGAAUCCACGUGUUCAAGAAGCCGAGCUUCUCCAAGAAGAAAGAAAAGGAUUUUAAGGUGAAAGAGAAGGGUCCCAAAGAGGACAAAGCCAAGGAUAAGAAGUCAAAGGACCUGACAGCUGCAGAUGUGGUGAAACAGUGGAAGGAGAAGAAGAAGAAGAAGAAACCAACCACAGAGGCAGAACCGGUCCCAGUGGAGACCCCCACCUUCAGGCCCAUCUUUGGAGCCCUGCUGGCUGAAGCUAUCAAGAGGACAGCUCUGUAUGAUGGCAUCCAGCUACCAGCCAUCUUUAGAGAGUGUGUGGACUACAUUGAAAAUUAUGGGAUGAAGUGUGAGGGCAUCUACCGGGUUUCAGGUAUGAAGUCCAAAGUAGAUGAACUGAAAGCUGCGUAUGACCGAGAGGAGUGCCCAUGCCUGGAGGAGUAUGACCCUCACACGGUCGCCAGCCUGCUGAAGCAGUACCUCCGCGAGCUGCCUGAAAACAUACUCGGUCGAGACUUGGCCCAGCGGUUCGAGGAUGCUUGCGGUCGGCAGGUCGAGGCCGAAAAGGUGACGGAGUUUCAGAGGCUGCUGACCGAAGUGCCGCCGGAGAGCCGACUGCUUCUGUCCUGGCUCGUCACGCACAUGGACCACGUCAUUGCCAGGGAGGCAGAGACGAAGAUGAAUAUUCAGAAUAUCUCCAUCGUCCUUAACCCCACCAUACAGAUUGGGAAUCGUGUCCUUUACAUGUUCUUCACCCACGUGAAGGAGCUGUUUGGGGAUGUAGUCUUGAAGCCAGUGGUGCGGCCACUCCGCUGGUCCAACAUGGCGACGAUGCCGGCUCUGCCCGAGACCCAGGAGAGCAUCAAAGAGGAGAUCAGACGGCAGGAGUUCCUCCUGAACUGCCUGCACCGGGACCUGCAGGCAGGGGUGAAGGACUUGUCCAAAGAGGAGCGGCUCUGGGAGGUUCAGAGAAUCCUGACCGCUCUGAAACGCAAACUGAGGGAGGCCAAACGUCAGGAGUGCGAGAGUAAAAUAGCCCAGGAGAUAGCAAGCCUGUCAAAGGAAGACGUUUCUAAGGAGGAGAUGACUGAGAAUGAAGAGGAAGUCAUCAACCUCCUCUUAGCACAGGAAAAUGAGAUCCUGACAGAGCAGGAGGAGCUGAUCUCUCUUGAGCAGGUGCUGCGUAGACAAAUUGCUACUGAGAAGGAGGAAAUCGAGAGGCUGCGGGCAGAGAUUGCAGACAUACAAAGUCGGCAGCAGGGUCGCAGUGAGACAGAGGAGUAUUCAUCAGACAGCGAAAGUGAGAGCGAGGAUGAGGAAGAGCUGCAGAUGAUACUGGAAGAUCUGCAGAAGCAAAACGAGGAACUAGAGAACAAAAACACUCACCUGAACCAGGCCAUCCACGAGGAGCAGGAGGCCAUCUUGGAGCUCCGCGUUCAGCUUCGCCUCCUGCAGAGCCACAAGCUACAGCAAGAGCUGACCGUCCAGCCGACAGCCGAGCAGGCUCCACCUACGCAGCCGAGCCCGGAGGCCCGCAGCGAGGAGCAAACCAAGCGCUCCGUUGCUGCAGUGGCUCCUACCGCCGAUGCAGCUGCUGCCACCACCAACGGAAAGGCGGCUAAGGAUCCAUCAAAGCCUUCACCAAGCAAAGACAAGAGAGACACCAACAUGUGAGACCUCUGCGAUGCUUUUGGUGGUCGUCUGUGCUGGUGUUCGUCUCUACCGUGGGUCAGUUGUCCUGUAGCGUUGCUCGCUAUCCUGCUGGAGAUUUCACAUUGCAGAGCUCAUUAGUGACCGUGUCCACCAAGUGGCAGACAAGGAAAAACCUUUUAUAUCGUCUUUGGUGUCCUAACCUUCUUUUUCACAUCCUCAUGCAAAAAAAAACACCCUGAAAAAAAACAAACGAAUGCUAGGUUUAGCUGGUGUAGCGGACAACUGACUACCACUGUAAGAGACUAGCAGGGACCAUGUUUUCAAAUAUGCAGUGCCAAGCCUGUAUGAAGGAGGAAGGAAGGGGCAGGAAGGGGAAAUGAAGGCAAUGAGAGUAAGAGAGGGUAGAUUGCAGAUUAUUUCUCACUGGUGAGCGAGUCAGGAAGCGAUCACUAGACCACAGAUGUCAUCAGUCCCUGUCGCUCAGAUUCGUCCCUUACCUUGAUGCAAAUUUGACUUUUUCUUUUGGAUAGAGACCACUGUGCCAUAACUUGAGGAUGCCCCAGAGAACCACUGAUAACAAAAGCUUUUUGAAUGAUGAAGAAUUUAUGAUCGGUCUAUCUAUAUAUUAUAUAUUUAAGUAGUAUUCUGAAGUACACAGAUGACUAUUCAAGAAGUACAUUAAUUUUAAGUUGCAGCUUUUUAGUAAUAUAUGAAUAUACAAAUAAAUAUAUUGUAGAGGCUCUGGUUCGUUUUCUUUUUUUGAACAGCAGAUUCAUACAGAGAAGUGUUGCACCUCGCAACUAACCAGUGGAUGAAAACAUGAACAGCCAAAUAACAAAUGUGUAUUCAUCGCUGCAAAACGCAGACAAACAGCUGGAGGCCACACUUUGCUCCGUAGCGCAGUCAUCUUCUCAGUUACCUUUGCCUGCGCUGCACUAACGAGGAAGAGCGGGAGAUCAUAUUUGUCCAGUUUAAUGAGGAUGUAACAAUUCUGUGCUGAUGAUUUAUUUUUUGCCUCCUAUAUGGGUGGAGACACGCAGGAGGCUCGCUUUGUUUUGUACUCUUCAUGUGUGGAGGUUUUCUUCAAUCCUUUCAUUUCACAGCUGAUCCGUGUCUGCUGCAACGUAACGUCAUUGUUCGAUAAUAUUUAAGGCAGAGAUGUGUCCUGACUUACUUUUUCUGUAUAUUAUUGUAAAAUUGCAAACAUACUGUAUUUUCAGCUCUUCGUGUUUUGUCCUUUUGUUGCUGUUUUCUUUUCAUUUUUUACCAUUAAUAACCUGUAUGGAGUUACGCGAGUGCGACUGCCCUGCUUUGGUCACAGGCAAAUCCAUGCAAUCUCAUCUGGACUCCUGAUUCCAUGAAACUGCUAGAACAGGCUCAGAAGCUUCUCGUGAGGUUAUUUUCAUAUUGUUCUGAGCUUUUGUAGCUGAUUGUUACAGACAGUAAUGCUGUGAAGAAUAAAGUGUCAGUCUAAAAUAA